AUGAAGGACAUAACUCUAGGCGAAGAAUCUCAACUAAGAGAAAAAGUCCAAGAUGACGUUAAUGCGUCGUCAACACAGAUCGAAAAACAAGAGAGCAACCCAAAAUACUCAUCGUCUUCCUCUUCUGACGACGACAAUGAUGGUGGCUCCUCUAGUGACUCUUCAUUCAGCGGCCGCCCAAGCUUUAGGUCAAGGAGAACAUCAAGAUCACAGGCACUCUCCCGGACUGUGUCAGAUAAUCUUUAUGGCGUAGAAAGCCGGCGAGACCCCGAACUAGGUCAGCCGAUGCAGCAGAAGAUAACAACGACAGCACCAGACCCUAAUGACCCGGACCUCGUUACUUGGAUAGGACCCGAUGACCCCGAGAACCCUAAGAAUUGGAUAUCUAGCAGAAAAUGGCUUACAGUGUUCGCCGUGUCGACAUUCACUCUAAUAUCACCUCUUUCGUCGUCAAUGGUUGCACCAGCUCUGACGACCAUCGGGGAGGAGUUUGGUGUCUCUGCAGGAACUGAACAAGCUAUAAUCCUGUCCAUCUUCGUUCUUGCAUACGCCAUUGGUCCGUUAGCUUGGGGUCCGUUAUCCGAGAUAUAUGGAAGAAUGCUCGUACUCCAGUCGACAAAUGUGCUUUACUUGUUCUUCAACCUCGGUUGCGGACUGGCCCGCACUAAAGGUCAACUCAUAGCUUUCCGGUUUCUUUCCGGUCUGGGUGGCUCUGCCCCUCUGGCUAUAGGUGGCGGGGUCCUUGGAGACUUAUUCACAGCCGAGGAAAGAGGCAAGGCGAUAUCGCUGUACUCUCUAUGUCCUCUUCUUGGACCAGCCAUUGGACCUAUCAUUGGUGCUUUUGUGACUCAAAAUACAACUUGGCGGUGGACAUUCUAUGCUACUACGAUUGCCGAUGCUGUUAUCCAGGUCUCCGGUCUCAUAUUUUUACGAGAAACCUAUGUUCCGGUCCUUCUGGCAUGGAAAAGAAAAAAACUCAUGAAAGAAACUGGAAACGAAAACUUACACACGCCAUUCGACCACCCGGACAGAACACUGGGCAAGACUCUGCGGAUAGCUUUCGUACGACCUUUCAAGCUCUUAGGAACCCAGGUCAUCUUACAGGCGCUCUCGCUGUACAUGAUGUUCCUCUACGGUCUCAUGUACAUUGUGUUAGUGUCAUUCCCGAGCUUGUGGGCCUCGCCCGCUCCGGCUGGUUAUGGGGAGAGUCUUGGCAUAAGCGGUCUGAACUAUAUCUCACUGGGUCUUGGCUUUUUCUUAGGUGCACAAGUCUGUGCGCCCCUGCAGGACCGCGUAUACGCGGGCCUGAAGCGACGAAACGGUGGUCCUGGACGACCUGAAUACCGUGUGCCAAUGAUGGUGCCCGGUGCCAUUCUCGUCCCAUCGGGGCUGCUCAUCUACGGCUGGACCGCCGAAUACAAAACACACUGGAUAGGGCCCAAUAUUGGAGCAUGUAUCUUUGCUGCCGGAACAAUCAUCGGAUUCCAGUGCGUUCAGACAUUCUUGGUCGACACUUACACUCGGUAUGCCGCAAGCGCCGUUGGUGCAGCGACGGUGUUGCGUUCGCUUGCUGGAUUCGGCUUUCCACUUUUUGCUUCAAGCCUAUACGACCGACUGGGACUUGGUUGGGGCAAUACACUUCUAGCAUUCCUGGCCAUUGUGAUUGGAUGGCCGAGUCCGAUCAUGCUGUGGUUCUUCGGAGAGAAAUUGAGGAAGAGAAGUCCAUUUGCCGCUGGACAAUAA